AUGAUGUUGUUAAGACGUAGCCUACGAGGCCUAUCUAGAUCAUGUCGUAUAUAUACCACAACAACGCCACAACCGUACUAUCCUGUGCAUAAACCAUACACUCCUACAACCACCACAGAACCAAUAAAUAUACUCCCAGAAAAUACAUACACCCAGCCAACACCCAAACCUGAUGACCAUAUAAUUGUUGCUAUGUCCUCUGGUGUUGACUCUUCGGUGUGUGCAGCAUUAUACAAAGACUAUCCAAACGUGCAUGGGCUAUACAUGGCCAACUGGUCGCAACUGGCAACAUGCACAGAACGAGAUUGGAAAGAUGUGCAACGAGUGUGUCAAGAUCUAGGUAUUUCCAGUUGUGAGAGAGUUAACUUUGAACACGAAUAUUGGCAGGAUGUGUUUAUGCCAAUGAUAGAGAAAUACGAAAAGGGACUAACGCCGAACCCUGACAUUGGGUGCAACAAAUUUGUCAAAUUUGGGAAGUUGAUUGAUUACUUGCAUAAGAAAUACGAUGGCACAGGCAAAGAUUGGUGGUUAGUCACUGGUCAUUACGCCCGAAUCAUGAAACACAACGAAACUGGGGAGUACCAUUUAUUGCGAGGUUUGAGUCAACGGAAAGACCAAAGUUACUAUCUUUCGUCGAUCCCACAAUCUUCGUUAUCGAAAAUCUUAUUACCCAUUGGCCACUAUAUCAAACCACAGAUUCGGGAAUUGGCACAUGACCAGUUUAAAUUACAUACAGCAACAAAACCCGACUCCCAAGGGCUAUGCUUUGUUAAUCCGCAACAGUCAAACUUCCGAGAGUUUUUAAAUGAUUAUAUCCCAGAAAAUCCAGGUGACAUAAUCACUGAAGAUGGUAAGGUUUGGGGUCAACACAAGGGGCUAUGGCAUGCUACAAUAGGCCAGAAAUCUUCAGUUUGCAUGCCGCAAGCAGAUCCACAAUACCAAGGCAUUUGGUUUGUCAGCGAUAAGAAUUAUGAGAAAAAUCAAAUCAUCAUAGUUAAAGGUCACGAUAACCCCAAGUUGUUCAAACAAACUGUGGAAUUGACGCAGUUAGAAUGGUUACACCCCAAGGAAAAGGUGUUGUGUCUCCAAUCAUUGCAAUUUCAGUAUCAUUCAUUGCUGAAGUCAAUCCCUGUUACAAGAAUUAUUGAGCUGCAAGAUAGGUUAACCGUCGAAUUAGAAACCCCAGUUCGUGCUUUGGCGCCAGGUCAAGCUGGUGUGUUGUACAAAGGGAAUCAAGUAUUGGGAGGUGGAAUGAUUAAUAGAACCAUGUAA